AUGACGACAACCACCCGCACCCUCAUCGUCUUCGGCGCCGGCCCGGGCAUCGGUAACCACGUCGCCGCAGAAUUCGCCUCCAAAGACAUAAACCACAUAAUCCUGCUCUCCCGCAACACUCAACGCCUGCAAAACGAAGACGCCCCAUUCGUAUCCGCAGCCUCCAAGGACGUCAAGGUCGACAUCUUGCAAAUCGACCUCUCCGACCUCGCCUCAAUCCCUGCGGUUUUAAAAGAGUUGGACAAUUUGACAACCAACGAAUCCGUCGAAAUCAUCUUCUUCAACGCCGCGCGCAUCCACCCGUCUCCCAUCCUCUCCACGCCUGUGCAGGAGAUAGAUGAGGAUUUACGUGUGCGUUCACUCCUUGCCUUUGUUGGCCUCUCCGGCUACUAA